AUGCACAGAUUCCGCGCUCCAUGGUCAAAGGAUAAACAAUCCUCUACUCCCCCCCCUCCUCCUUCUAAUAAACCACCACCACCUCCAAUCCCAUCUCACUCACGCCCACCACCCCCUCCUCCUCCCCGUCCACAACCUCCUCUUCCAACCACCACCAUCUCACCCCCAACCGCGCAUCCGCCAGGGGCAAUCUACCCACCAGGCAAAUGGCCAACUCCAGAACUAUCCAUAUACCCACUCAACACCUGGUUAAUCCUCUCAUCACCAGAUAAAGGCUGGACAUCCGCUUCCAUCCAAGCAGCACUCGACGCUCUCGGCGAAGGGGGGACGCUCUACCUCCCCCGCUCAUCAAAGUGGGACAUCUCAGAACCAAUCCUUCUCCGUCCUUGGCAGGAACUGGCUACCGAAGGUUACCCAACAGAGGAGAAAGACAUGGCUGCUCUCGAAGCCACUCCAGGCUGUAGACCGCAUCUCGUCAACUGCUGGAACGUCUCCGGCGUCAGGCUCAGGAAUCUGCUCAUCGAUGGGAAACAUGAUGUUUUUGGGAGGGACGACAAGUGCGGCGUCAUGGUCCAGUUCGGAGGGCCAGAUCCCGCGUGUCACGAUCAAUGGUGCGACAGGUGUAUUAUUCGGAACCCGCGACAGUGGUCUUGCUUCCAAGCGUUCGAGGGAACUACCAACGUCCGGAUCACUAAUUGUCGAAUCGGGCCAGCAGGCAUAGGAAAAGAUAUCAUCGAAGGCCAUUGGGCGGACGGCAUCUCCUUCGCCGCCUCGCACGGCCUCGUCGCAGGGAACGAGAUCACCGACGCGACAGACGGCGCGAUCGUCGUCUUCCAAGCCACCGGCACGCUCGUAACGAGCAACACGAUCGUGUGCUAUUCUCGUCUCCUCCUGGGGGGGAUAAACAUGGUGGAUCACGCCCCUGGCAAGGGGGACUAUUCCCAUACCCGAGUAGUACAUAACACGAUCCUCACCGCAGGAGGAUACAUCGUCACUGCCAUCGCCCAAGGGCCGACGGCCUGGGGAGCCGGCCCUGGGGAACCAAGCGAAGACAAGCUUAACCGGAACGCGAUCGUAGCGCGUAACCUGAUCCACUACCAAGACCGAGGCCGGGGGAAGGGCGCAAUAGGGUACGGCUUUGCCGUCUCUGCCGACGUGCGGGGAUGGACGUGUGUGGAAAACGUUUCCGAUCCAGGGGUUGUCUAUUCUGGGGAUAUGAGUGAUGGAGACUGGGGGCUGGGGGGUAUGAGCCUCGCUCCUGGCCCUUUUGUGCGCUCUGCUGGACCGGUAGAGAAACUCGGCGUGUUGCAGGAAGAGUUCGUCCCGGGCUUACUGAGGGGGCUGCUCGCUGUCAAGCCUGGUCGAUCUCCUGUUCUUAGGCUGUUUCCCCGGCAGCUGAGCCUCAGGCCGGGGGAGAAAGUGCAGCUCAAGCACUGGGCGCUUGAGUUCCGUUUGGAUGGCGACGUACAAGUGCGGAAUGAGGGCGGGGAGAUCGCUUGGUCUGCCGGGUUGGGGGGGACGAUAAAGGGACACGAGAAGACGGCUGUACUCGAGCUCUCCGCUAAUGGCCAUCUGUGGAUCCUGCCCUUCCCUGCCUCCCCAACCCCACUGCUCACCCUCACCCCCUUGCUACCGGACACCGGCCUCCCAGGCUGCACCCCGCAAGCAGAAUCACUCCCUUCCCUCCAGCUGUCGGACACUACCCCGCACCUCCAACUCCUAACUCCCUCGGGGGGCAUUCUCCUUUCCUCAUGCUACGAAGUCCCCUGGAACACCCAAUUCCCCGUCGACACCCCCGUCUGCCAGCCCUCAGUAAACGCCGAGUCCACCCUCGUAGCCGUCCUUUCCCCCUUGGGGCAGUACAUGAUCCUCUCCUCCCGCCGGGGGCGGGUUGUCGAGCUCCCCAUCAAAUGGCCCCUGGAAAUGGGAAGAUGGUACAUCCUUUGGCAGACGCGUAACGCUCCUCUGCCCCAGUUUACAGAAGGAACACUGGCCUUUCAGGGGGAUGGGAACCUCGUCUUGUAUGCAGGAGGAAAGGCGCUAUGGAAUACGGCUACUUACGGACCCCCGGAGAAACAGGCCAGGUGGAUGAAGUGGGGGGACGGGGGGGCUGGGAGGCCCUAUCUGGAGCUGGUGAACGAGGCUCGGGAAAGGGUUUGGAGCACUUGA